AUGGAGGGAUAUAGUGCUGCUAUAGUAGCACAAACAAACCUGGAGCCUAUAAUCCAGAGAGCCAUGACUUGGUCCCCACCACCAAGUUUGUUUAAAAUAAAUGUUGAUGGUGCGGUAGAUAAAGCUACUGGGAAGGCAGGCGUGGGUGUGAUUGUUAGAGAUGAAUUGGGUAGGGUGGAGGCUGUAAUGUGUAGAAACCUGGAUGCGCCCUUGGGUGCCAUUGAAACCGAAUCCAAGGCUAUUGAGGUAGGGUUGUUGUUCGCACAAGAUAUUGGUAUUCAGGACAUUGUGGUGGAAAGUGACUGCUUGAUCAUGAUCCAAGCUCUGGAAGGUACCUCUGCUCCUCCAUCCAUGGUCUUGGCAGUUACACAAGGCAUUCUGGAUCUCAGCAUGGGCUUCAAUAAGGUGGAAUUUUCCCACGUUAAAAAACAAGGGAACAGGUCGACUCAUGUGUUAGCAAAACAUGCUCUUGGCAUUACUGAUUUUAUUGCUUGGAUUGAAGAGACACCUUGCUUUUUAGAGCAAGCUCUUAUCCACGAUGUAAUGUUCUAA